UCGAAGCUACGUCAGCUGUAAGAGAGCCGGCAGAACGUUCCGCAUCACUGCAUCGCUACAUCGCUGCAUUGAUGCAUCUUUCAACGCUUCCAUGCUUUGUAAAUCUGUACAAUAUACAACACAAUAUACGGGACUCGAUGAUUAUUAUACAUUUUGUCUUGCUGGCGCAUUUAUCGUACCAUUAUUACUUCCCAUUAUUAGUAGCCUUGUAACUUAAAUCAAAACAUCGUCUUUCCAAUUUUCACCGUAAAAUAGUCUCUCAUCCCUCCCCCAAUUCAUUCCCCAUCGAAUAUCAGAAUAAGCCAAAGUGAGGGUGUUAACACCUUCUAUCCGCGUCCGCCAUGUGGCGAGACCGCACCAACCUCUAUAUAUCCUACCGUCAAUCCUACACCCACCACCCGGCGAAGAAGACGCGAUUCGGCCCCGGCCCCGGUCCCAGAUCCAGCGCCAGCGACAGAAAUGGCUUCCCGGAAUUCGCCCGCGGUAGCGGCGCCGGCGCCGAGGACCAGCAGGGCCUGCUGGCGGGGGCGGACUACCACGACGACGGGGAUGCCGUGAUCGAGAUGGACCUGCUGCCGCCGCGGUGGGCCGACGUCAACGACGAGGUCUCGGACCUGCUCGCCGAGGUCGCCCGCAAGUCGCAGAUGCUCGAGCGCCUGCACCAGAAGCACGUGCUCCCCGGCUUCAACGACGAGGACGCCAAGAGAGCCGAGGAGGCCGAGAUCGAGCGCCUGACCCAGAGCAUCACCAAGGCCUUCCACGACUGCCACCGCUGCAUCCAGCGCGUCGAGCAGAUGGUCCGCGAGGGCAAGCAGAGCGGCACCAUGACCAGGGCCGAGGAGACCAUGGCCAAGAACAUACAGAUCAGCCUCGCGAGCCGCGUGCAGGAGGCCAGCGCAGGCUUUAGGAAAAAGCAGAGCGCAUACCUAAAGAAGCUCCGCGGAAUGUCCGGUCUAGGCGCUUCGUCCCCCAUCGGCGAGCGGAGCUCGACACCCCUCGGCGGCAGCAGCAGCAAUUAUAGCAGCAAUAACUACGCGGCGGACCCGUCGCUCCUAGAAUCGGACGCGGACCGGUCGUACUCGCAGACGGCGCUGCAGCAGACGACGCGGCGGCGGCAGCUGCACUCGAACGACGCGGUGAUCCUGCAGCGGGAGCGGGAGAUCGAGGACAUCGCGCAGGGCAUCAUCGAGCUGUCCGACCUGUUCCGCGACCUGCAGGCCAUGGUCAUCGACCAGGGCACCAUGCUCGACCGCAUCGACUACAACGUCGAGCGCAUGGCCGCCGACGUCAAGGGCGCCGACCGCGAGCUCGUCGUCGCCGCCGGAUACCAGAAGAAGACCACCAAGCGCAAGCUCAUCCUCCUGCUCGUCCUGCUCAUCGUCGGCGCCGUGAUACUCCUGGUCUUGAAACCGAAACAUCACGGCGGCGGCGGCGGUGGUGGUGAUAGUAGUAGUGGUGGUGGUGGGAGUAGUAAUAGUGGAACCGAUGAGGGAGGAGGAGGAGGAGGGGGCUGACGUGACGAGAAGGGCGUUUCCGGUUUACGCUUGUCGUACGUUUGGGAAAUAUGUAGGAAAUACGGUAUAUCACAUUUUGGCUCAGGUAGUAUUGCUGAGCAUUCGAACUAUAGUUGUCGAUCAACCUAUCACGAGCGUGGGACGCAUCGACGAAGUCCUGCAUCAGACAAAGCUUACUUAAAUCUUAAUUCUGUCUUAAGAGAU